UGAAUGUAACCGGAUCUGUGGAGCCGUGUAAAAGAACGACUCGUUCGCUCACGUCACAUGACUAAUCACCGGAGUCUCCCGUGGAUCUGACAUGGUGGGUGGACUCUGCUCUGUCAGAGGACGACGCUCCGCUGUGGGACUUUACGGAAGAUGCUGAAGAAACGGGAGCCUCUGACUUGUUAACGAACUUGAUAACGUCCAGAACGCGGAGAACGUCGGUUGAGGACGUCCAGUACGUUGGACGUCUAGAACGUGGAGUUUGUCAAGGACGUCGCCUGCGUCGACUUUCCCAAAGACAACAUUCCAGUGAAGAUGAGACCAUGGUCCCGGUACUAGCCUCCAGAAAAGCCAGUGAACUCCCCGUCAAUGAGAUAGUCUGCAUCCUGCAGGCCGACCUGCAGCUGGGUCUGAGUCAGGAGGAGGUGACCCGGAGGAGAACCUACCAUGGCUGGAACGAGUUCGACAUCAGCGAGGAGGAGCCGCUGUGGAAGAAAUACAUCUCACAGUUCAAAGAUCCUCUCAUCCUGUUGUUGUUGGCUUCAGCCGUCAUCAGUGUCCUCAUGCACCAGUUUGAUGACGCCAUCAGCAUCACAGUGGCCAUCAUCAUCGUUGUGACCGUCGCCUUCGUUCAGGAGUACCGCUCAGAGAAGUCUCUGGAGGAGCUGGGGAAGCUGGUUCCUCCAGAAUGUCACUGCAUCCGGGACGGGAACCUGCAGCACCUGCUGGCCAGAGACCUGGUCCCCGGAGACACGGUGUGUCUCUCGGUGGGGGAGAGGGUCCCUGCAGACCUGCGUCUCUUCGAGGCGACAGACCUGUGUGUGGACGAGUCCAGUCUCACGGGGGAGACGACCCCCUGCUCCAAGUCCACCUCCCACCAACCAGCAGCGUCCAACGGGGACAUCGCGUCCCGCAGUAACAUCGCCUUCAUGGGGACGCUGGUUCGCUGCGGGAAAGCGAAGGGCAUCGUCAUAGGAACCGGAGAGAACUCGGAGUUUGGGGAAGUUUUCAAGAUGAUGCAGGCUGAAGAGGCUCCUAAAACUCCUUUGCAGAAGAGCAUGGACCUUCUGGGGAAGCAGCUCUCGCUUUAUUCCUUCUGCAUCAUAGGAGUCAUCAUGCUGGUGGGGUGGAUGCAGGGGAAGAGGAUCCUGGACAUGUUCACCAUCGGUGUCAGCCUGGCGGUAGCCGCCAUCCCAGAGGGUUUGCCCAUCGUGGUGACGGUGACGCUGGCGCUCGGCGUCAUGCGAAUGGUGCAGAAAAGAGCCAUCGUCAAGAAGCUUCCCAUCGUGGAGACUCUGGGCUGCUGCAACGUCAUCUGCUCAGAUAAGACAGGAACUCUGACCAAGAACGAGAUGACGGUGGCUCAGCUCUUCACCUCAGACGGACUCCACGCUGAGGUGACGGGCGUCGGCUACAACGGAGCUGGAGAAGUUUUAGUGGACGGGGAGAGUGUCCACGGGUUCUCCUGCCCUUCCAUCAGCAAAAUAGUGGAGGUCGGGUGUGUGUGCAACGACUCCGUCAUCAGGAAUCACAACCUCCUGGGUCGACCCACAGAGGGCGCUCUCAUCGCCCUCGCCAUGAAGAUGGGUCUGGAGAGCCUGCAGCAGGAGUACGUGCGUCUGGAGGAGCAGCCUUUCACCUCGGAGCAGAAGUGGAUGAGUGUUCGCUGUGUUCACCGCACACAACAGGAUAAAGCUGGAGUUUGCUUCAUGAAGGGAGCGUACGAGCAGGUCAUUCGUUUCUGCAGCUCCUACAACAGCAGAGGGAGCAGCCUUCCCCUCAACCACCAGCAGAGGGAGCUGUUCCAGCAGCAGAUCAGCUACAUGGGCUCAGCCGGACUCAGAGUGCUGGCGUUUGCGUCGGGGUCUCAGAUGGGGAGUCUGACCUUCCUGGGUCUGGUGGGAAUCAUCGACCCCCCCAGGGCCGGCGUCAAAGAGGCUGUGGGGACACUCAUCAGCUCCGGGGUCGCGGUCAAGAUGAUCACUGGAGACUCCCAGGAGACGGCCGUGUCCAUAGCCAGUCGUCUGGGCCUCUACUCUAAAGGAUGCCAGUGUUUGUCUGGGGAGGAGGUGGAUCAGCUGGACCUGCAGCAGCUUUCACACGUCGUCCCCAGAAUCUCAGUUUUCUAUCGGGCCAGUCCCAGACACAAGCUGAAGAUCGUCAAGUCGCUGCAGAACAUCGGGGCCGUGGUGGCCAUGACGGGGGACGGGGUGAACGACGCGGUGGCGUUGAAGGCCGCAGACAUCGGCGUCGCGAUGGGCCAGACAGGAACCGACGUCUGCAAGGAGGCGGCCGACAUGAUCCUGGUGGACGACGACUUCCAGACCAUCAUGUCGGCCAUCGAGGAAGGGAAAGGAAUUUACAACAACAUCAAAAACUUUGUGCGCUUCCAGCUGAGCACGAGCAUCGCAGCGCUGACGCUCAUCUCCUUGGCGACGCUGAUGAACUUCCCCAACCCUCUGAACGCAAUGCAGAUCCUGUGGAUCAACAUCAUCAUGGACGGCCCUCCGGCGCAGAGUUUGGGGGUGGAGCCUGUGGACCGGGACGUGAUCAGAAAACCUCCUCGCAACGUCAGAGACAGCAUCCUGACCCGGAGUCUGAUCAUCAAGGUCCUGGUGUCGGCUCUCAUCAUCGUCUGUGGGACGCUGUUCGUCUUCUGGAGAGAGUUGCAGGACAACGUCAUCACUCCUCGGGACACGACCAUGACCUUCACCUGCUUCGUGUUCUUCGACAUGUUCAACGCUCUGAGUUCUCGUUCUCAGACUCGUAUGGUCCAUGAAAUGGGGCUGUGCAGCAACAGGACCUUCUGCUUCGCCGUCCUGGCCUCCAUCAUGGGGCAGCUGCUCGUCAUCUACUUCCCUCCCCUGCAGAACGUCUUCCAGACGGAGAGUCUCAGCUUCUUUGACCUGCUGUUCCUGGUGACCCUGACGUCGUCCGUGUGCGUCGUGUCUGAGGUCAUCAAGAAGGUGGAGAGGUGGCGUGGAGCCGAGAGGAGCCCCGGCCUGGACCGCUUCCACGAGGUAUGACCCCCCCCCCGGCCCCUCCUGGUCCGAGCCGAAGGACUCUGAGCUCUGGAGGAGGAGGAGGAGGAGGAGGAGGAGGAGGAGGAGGAGGAGGAGGAGGAUCUCACUCCUGAUGGCACUGACUCUUUAAGACUGUACAGAUUCUCCUGUGAGACCCUCAGACCGGAGGACGCCGCCGGCCUCAUGGGACUGGUUUAGAGACAACAUGGCCGCCAGGAGCUCCUCCUCUUUUUAACCUGUCGUUUAGGAGGUGCUGACCACUACAUGGGCGACUCGGUUUAAUCUCGCCGGACGUGUAACGGUACGAACCUUAAAUCAGCCCAGAACCAGAUUUAAUUCUUUUUACUUUAUGUCUCUGAGGUGAAAUCAUCCGAAUAAAUGAUGAGUUUUUAUGGUUCGUUACAUCCAGACUUUAAAUGUUAAACCUGGUUCACGUUUUAUUUCCUUUUUAAUUCACCCUCUGAGGCUCUAAAACAUGCUGUUUUUUAAAUGGACUCUGGUGGGGAUUGUCUGUGACGUGACUCUGAUCAUGAAGCCUGACAAACCUGUGGUCCUGAGACCCUGGGGGGGCCGCGGGGGUCCAGCUCGGGUCCAGCUCGGGUCCUGGGUCAGGUCCUGGGUCAGGUCCUGGGUCAGGUCCAGCUCGGGUCCAGCUCGGGUCCAGCUCGGGUCCUGGGUGACGUCCUGACGCCUCCGUCUGAUUGGUACCGUUCCACCUCCGGCCUCGUUGUUCCUGUGCUGCGUUCUUUAUGUUUCAUGUUCUUCCUGCUUACACUGGUUUAUUUAAAUUAAAGGACGUCUGCUUUCA